AAGGCAGCCGCGCCUUCAGGGUGGCCGCUCGGCGGCGUGCGGUGGACAGCUCCCUGUCCCCCACCCCGGCUCCUAGGGUGCUGGCCCCUCCCCUCCCCUCCCCCCCCUCCCUCUCCCGACUCCCUCCCGAUCCGCGCUGAGUCACGCUGGAGCAGAGGACUAAGGGAUCGGGGAGCUGCGGCCCGCGCUGCUGGAGCUCCAGGCCAGGAUGGGAUCCCAGGUCUCCGUGGAUGCGUCUGUGCACGUAGUGAUUGUUGGAGGCGGCUUCGGUGGGAUCGCGGCUGCCAGCCAGCUUCAGUCCUGGGGUGUCCCCUUCACACUGGUGGACAUGAGAGAUGCUUUCCAUCACAACGUGGGAGCUCUCCGAGCCUCUGUAGAGAGUGGAUUUGCCAAGAAGACGUUCAUUUCAUUUACAAAGACCUUUGGGGACAGCUUCCGGCAGGACCUGGUGGUGGGACUGGACCUGGAAAACCAGAAGGUCCUGCUCCAGAGGGGUGAGGCCCUUUCCUACUCCCAUCUCAUCCUGGCUACCGGCAGCAGCGGGCCCUUCCCAGGGAAGUUUAACCAGAUUUUAGACCUGCAGUCAGCCGUUGAGGCCUACGAAGUGAUGGUGAAGCAGAUCCAGAAGUCCCAGCGUGUGGUGGUGGUGGGAGGAGGCUCAGCUGGAGUGGAGAUGGCCGCAGAACUUAAAACCGAUUAUCCGGAGAAAGAGGUUACCCUCAUUCACUCCAAAGCCCUGCUGGCUGACCCAGAGCUCCUUCCUCGUGUUCGACAGGGGGUGAAAGAGAUUCUCCUCGAGAAAGGAGUGGAACUUCUGCUGAGUGAGCGAGUGAGCAACCUGGAGGAGCUGCCGGUCAAUGAGUGUCAUGACAGCAUCCAAGUGAAGACGGACAAGGGGACGCAGCUGGUGGCAAACCUGGUGAUCGUCUGCAACGGGGUUAAGAUCAACUCCUCGGCAUACAGCGACGCCCUGGGUGGUAAAAUGGCCAGCAAUGGUGCCUUAGUGGUUAACGAUUACCUCCAGGUGGAGGGAUUUAGUAACAUCUAUGCCAUUGGGGACUGUGCUGAUGUGAAGGAACCCAAGAUGGCAUACCAUGCUGGACUACAUGCCAAAGUCGCGGUGACUAACAUCGUCAACAGUUUGAAACAGACGUCGCUCAAGACCUACAAGCCAGGUGCCCUGACAUUUCUACUGUCUAUGGGAAGAAAUGAUGGCGUGGGUCAGAUUAGUGGCUUCUACGUCGGGCGGCUCAUGGUGAGGUUCGCCAAGAGCCAGGACCUGUUCGUCUCCUCAAGCUGGAAAAAUAUGAGGCAGACGGCACCCUCGUAGAGAGUAAGGGGAAGGAAGAAAAGGUAAUGAAACCAGUUAAUCAGUGGAUUUAAAAAAGAUGAUAAAAAAGAUGGACAGAAAGCAACAGAUGGACUGAGAUAUCAGAAGGAAGAAGUUCCUCUCUGUGCUCACGAUGCCUGGAAUGUAUCAACAGGAUCACGUGAUAGAUUGCCGGCAUCUCCUCAAGGUGCUAUUUGGCACACAAGAAGAAGCGUUAGAAAAAUAUUUCCUAAAAGGGUCAUUUCUGGGUUGGACAAAGCCAUUCACUUGCUGGGGACCCAGCCAGCCACCCAUGCCCAGCCGAUCGCACGGGAAGUGGGCAUCCUGAACCAUCUGACUAGGGAUGGAAAAGCAUAAAGUCUGAAGGUGGGCCGUGGGUAUUUUGUCAUUGGUGUCAGAAAGGAGGGAAGGCAAGGUCAGGGCUCCCGCCUGGAGGUAGUUUUCACAGGGGCCAGACACCUCGUAGGCUGUGUAAUCUUGCAGAUGCCCAGGAAGGGGGCGAGGACAUGCUCUAGGUUCCCAUGGCUUUGAAGGUGCAUGGUGGAAUUCCAGGGCAGGUCAUCUGACUGAUUCCAGUGGCCUUUUAUCACUUUGCCUCCUGUUAUACAGGUGGGUUCAGCCCGUCUCCCCUUCUGCAGGCAGACACUGUGCUAGUCUGGGCAUUCCUGGGGGGAGACGGGGCUCAUCUGCUGGGCAGGCUUCAGGUAGGAGUGGACGUGGCAUUUAAUUUAGCAGCCAGACUUAUGUUCUCCCUAACUUUCCAUUAGUGCUUGGCAAGCUGUAAACUUACUGAAAUGAUGAAACUUUUCCUACUUUUCAGAUAAAUUUUAGGAGGGUGAAAUUCCUUAGGGCCAAAUUACCAGCCAGAUGAAUCCAUUUUAACAAAGGAUGCUCUCUUCCUUAACGUUCAGAUAAUUAGGGAACAGUAGUAGUGCACCCUUUGCUAGGUUACUGUAGUACUGCUAGUACCUAAGACUUCCAAAGAUUUGUGAUUUUUAUCCACCUGAGUAUUUUUUCCUCACACUGAUCCCAACCCUUCCCCAUGCCUGCCUGCCUUAGAAAAGUUUGGUGAGUUACUUUGGUCAGAAAGUGCCUCCCCUGGUGGCCAACCUUUUGGGUGAAAUGCUGUCUUGAUCCUUAGCCCAGGUGGGUCCAUUACCAUCCCCUCAGACUCAAAGUAUUUCCCUUUUUGUAAGACAUUCCAGAGCUCUAGUUCUGUUGGGGUAACUUCCUGAGACUCCAUGGUCAACUCCACAUCUGAGGGAGGCACGGGAGCAGGACUUUGAGGGAGGGAUGUUUAAUAUUAAGAAGCAUAGGUCUGCUGAUAGCUCACCAGAACGGUUCUUGACGUAUUAAACUUACCUUCCUCUGGAUGGAGGGACUCUGACCGUACUGGUGGAGCUAAGGGUCAGGCUCGAAGAUGAGCCAGCAGCAAAGGUUUGUUGCCAGUCCCGUGCCAGUUCCCCCCAGCAGUUAGUUUUGUUCCCUGGCUGACACUGGGCACCACAAGCCAGGAUUCCUCGCUAAGGUGAGGAGUGGAAAGAGUACCGGAUUUGGAGUGAAGAGACAUGGGAUCAAACAGUCUGAUUCCCAGCUCUAAAUCUCAUGUGUUCCUGUAGCAGACUCACCAUCAACUUGCUUUAAGGCAUUAUUAUUGACCUGUGUUUUUAGGUGUGAUUUUUCCAUCCCUCACUUGUCUUUUGGAAUCCUUUCUGAUGGAGAUUAAAUUGUAAUUGGCUCAAAUUCAAAGGAGGCUUCUUGGUUUAGGCUCCUUUUGGUUGCUUCUCUGCCAAAGGCGUGGAGUGCUGGCCUGUUUAAAUGGACUUGCUUGGGCCGGUAACUCCUCAGUAACUGCCCCAAUCCCUGCACUACUUUGUGGAGGUUCAGAACUGUUCUGAGAGGAGGGUCUGCUUCUUGUCCCCUAAUUUCCAGACCUGUAAUGUGACCCUUUCCUACCAGAACAGCUGCUCACCUGAGGAGGCAUCCCACAAUAGAAGCAGGCUCUACCUGAGGUCUGUGGGCCUUAGGUGGCAUCUGGUCCAACCCUCCCAUUUUAUGGAUGGGGAGAUGGAGACUCAGUGGUCAAACAGCUUGUCCAAGAUGGCAGAGAAGACCAUUCUACUGAUUCUACAUCCAGCCCCCUGUGGGUCCCCCCCUUUUUAACCACACUUCACUCCAUACAAGGCAUGAAAAGGAGGGUAGGUGUCUUUGCUGUACCAAUAGACACCUGUAGUUCAAGCUGGUAUCUGCUGCUUGGGAGGUAGGAGUCUUCACUGUAGGGCCUAACUCUGGGUCUGGGCUGGCAUCGAUCCUAUACCAUUGAAGUGGCAAUCUGGGCCCUCACCUCAUUCCAGACAUGUCAACACAACGAAAUGACUUUCCAGUCUUGGGAAAUAAAAAAUCUGUUGCAAUAAAAUUGAGUGUCGUAAGAAGGACUCUGGA